AUGUCGGAAACCGGAAGUAUUGACCUAGCAUCUGAUGUAGAGGACUCAGAGAUAGAUCAGUGUCGUGCUGAGGUCAAUUCCUUCCUCCUGUUGCGCGCUCAUGCCGGUUAUCAGAUAGAGAAGCUAUCUGACCUGAUUCGCAAGCAGCAGAGACGGCUAGAUGCGCAGGAGCUCCUCAUCGAGGAACUCUGUCAGGCCCAUUGCGACGUCUGUCUCCCGCCCGAGGCCGCGACUCGUGUCUUCAGUCGGGAGGUACGCCGGAAGAAAGAGGUGCUGUAUUCUCACUACCAGCUGCAGUGCUGUUUUCAACUCUUUCACGAGGCGGCUAAAGAUUACAUCCCCGAGCUCGAAGACAUCGACUUCGGCCGUCUCUCGUAUACCGCGGAAUGA